AUGGGACGAAAGCGAGCGACCGCCGGGACGCGCGGUGAUGCUCCGAUGAAACCGUCCACGGUCGCCGCGACGUCGACGACCGAGGCGGUGACGGAAACGACCAUCGCGCGCGACGACGAGGAUGCGUCGAGAACACGAGGCGUGACGACGACGAGCGAGGCACGCGUCGAGCGCGCGGCGUCGACGGGGAAUAAUCCCGAGGAGGAGGCGCUCGAGCGUCAAGCGUUACACGCCGAACUCAUCGCUCGAGAGGAAGUGAGCAAGGCGUUCGCAAAGGUGAGGGAGUUGGAGGAACGGUGCGCGGACGCCGAGGCGUUUGCGAACGACGCGGAGUGUCGAUCGAGAGCGUUAGAGCGAGAGUUGGAGCGAUUAAGGGCGGAGACGGAGGAGGCGAAGGAAGGACAGAGAGCAGCGAGCGUCAGGGCGAGCGUUUUGGAGGCCAGAGUAGCGCUGAGUGGAGAGACGGGAGAGACAACUUUGAGCGGACCAAACGCCGAGGCGCUGAGCGAGAUGUUGGCGGCGGCGAACGCAAAGUUGAAAAUCGAGACCGAGGCGAAUGAAAAGGCGAGAAGCGAGAUCGAGCGCUUGAAACCAUUAGCGAUGGCGACGGAGGAGAUGAAAACGAGGCUCGAGCGCGCGGUCGCGGAGGCGAACGCGAGCGAACGCGUGCGCGGAGAUUUCGACGCAAACGAGCGAAAGCUUCGCGAAACCUUGACGAGACUGAACAACGAGCUGAAUCAGACCAGGGAGAAAGUUCGCGCGCUCGAGUUCGCAAACGAGGACGCAGUGCGAACGAGCACGCUGUUGCAGCAGCAAGCUGUGGAGGCGGGCGAGCGUAUCGCGAAGAAUCUUCGCCUUCGUCUCGACGAGGCUCUCGACGAGGUGUCCGAGCUCAGACGCAGAGAAGCCGUGCACGCGGCGGAGGUACACGGCGCGGCAGAGGCGGUUCGACGCGCCGCUAAAUUCGAGGAAGAGAACAAGCGCGUGAAACAUCAACUCGCCGACGUCGAGAUGACUCUCGCCGAUAGCGAGGCGGCCGUGCGGGCGUUGCAGUUUCAGCUCGACAUGGGCGGAGACUCGUCCAACCGCGACGACGCGCGCGAAUUGCGAGAGACUCGUCUUCGCAAUGAGCUCGACGAAGCGCGCGCGCACGCGGCUAAAUCUAGUGCCGAUGUCGCGCGUUUGAACGAUAUCGCGGCGACGCUGCGCCAGGAUUGCACAACGGCUCGUGAGACGAUUAAGCGCUUGGGAGAAGAAAACGCUGAGCUCUUAAAUCGAGUCGACGCCGCGGAGAAGCAGAUUGAAAUAAACUCACUCUUGGGAGGAACGAGCGUGAAGGACGAAGAUUUGGACAAGCUCCAGACCACGGCGAGUAAAGUAGAUCUGAUUGUGGCUGAGAAUCGAAGGCUUGAGACGGAGCGCGACGCCGCGGUGACGGCUCGACACACAGCGGAGGACACCGCGCGCGAGGCAAAAUCAACGCUGGCGAGAGAACGGGAAGAUUUUGAGGCUUGGAAACGCAAGGCGAGAAAUCUGAUAGAUUCGAAAGACCGUGAGCUCGAUUUUGCGAGAAAAAUGUCAGGGAAACCGCCGAGCGCCGCGCCAACCGUCGUCCUGCCAAAGCCACCGCUUUGCUCUUCAAAGCGCACGCAGGAAGAGGAAGUGUCGUACAUUCGCACAGUGGUCAUGGCGUUUCUCUUCUCCGAGGAUUGGGAUGUGCAACAAUCACUCCUCCCAACCCUCGUGUCCUUGUGCGGUGGAUCUGCGGAAGACCUGGUGCGCGUCAAAGAAAUCCGUUCGCAGUUUGAGCCAACGUUUGUGCAUUCGACGGAGGUGGCGAUAAACAAAUCGCUCGAGCAAAGCGCGAACGCUAUAGCGUCAACGUUCGGACUCGGAAGAUUCUUUUCAUGA